UUUUUGAGGUUGUGUUUUCGUUUUCGGUUUUUGUGGUUCUGAUUCUGACAUAUCAAACGACUCAACUUUUGAGGUUUUGUUGAUAUUAUGUUUUCGUUUAAUUGUUGAAUUAAAUACGCUAUUUUUGCAAUAAUGUUUUAAAUAAUGAAGGAUCUCAAGAGUGUAUCAGUUCAAGCAAUCGACAGCGAUAUCGCUUUGCUGUUACCAUCAGGAGUGUAUGAAAUCAAACCAAUGGAACCGAAAUCGAGGUUGAAAAGUGUAGCUUUUUUUUGUGUAGCUUUAGCAUUAUCUGGCAUAGUGGGUUUCGGAUAUUUUUGCCCAGACAGGGUGUGUGCUUUAUCGAAACGUGAUCUUAUGAUUUCUCCGGCAGCUAUAAGUGACGGUAUGGGGAAGCCGUUGUCUCAUUUAAAUAGCAAAAACGGUUUAAGCUACGAUGAAAUGAUUAAUGAUGAAUUUGCUUUCGAUAUGGAUUCACAUGAUGUCAUGGUAUUUCUACACAUGCAAAAAACUGGUGGUACCUCUUUCGGAAAACACUUGGUCCACGACUUAGAUUUAAAACGACCCUGUACCUGCCCGAUCGUGAGAAAACGCUGCUAUUGCUUCCGGCCACAUUCCAAUCAGAGUUGGUUGUUUAGUAGAUACACGACAGGUUGGAAAUGCGGACUACACGCGGACUGGACCGAACUCACGAGCUGCGUCGACGAGAAACUGGACGAAAUGGAGGGUCACAUCGCCAGGCGGCGAUACUUUUACAUCACUUUACUUAGAGAACCCGUCGCUAGGUAUCUAUCGGAAUAUAGGCAUGUACAACGUGGCGCCACCUGGAAGGCCGCCAGACACUACUGUAGUGGUCGAUCGGCCACAUCCGAAGAAUUGCCACAGUGUUUCGACUCUGAAACCUGGGAAGGUGUAAGUCUCGACGAGUUUAUGGCUUGCGAAGCUAAUUUGGCUUCGAAUAGGCAGACGCGCAUGUUGUCUGAUCUAGAAUUAGUGGGAUGUUAUAAUAGCGAUUACAUGCCGAAGGCGGAAAGAGAUAGGGUAAUGCUGGCGAGCGCGAAAAAGAAUUUGGCGUCCAUGUCUUACUUUGGCCUAACCGAAUUUCAAAAAAUCUCCCAGUACAUUUUCGAGGAAACGUUUAACUUGCGUUUUGCGAUCCCAUUCGAACAAAAUAACGCCACCGUCUCGAGUUCCACCAUCACGACUUUAUCGUCACAGCAGGCAGCUCGAAUUGCUCAUCUUAACGCCUUGGAUCUCGAACUGUACGACUUUGCGAAAAAAUUACUGUUCGAAAGAUUCAAUAAGUUAAAAGCUAGAGACGCAAAUUUUGGGCAACGGUUUAAGCAUCUAGGCGAGCUGCCAUUUAAAAAUGGUGUAACCGAGUUCGAUUGGGACAAAUUAAGCGAUGAUACAACUGACGGCACAAUUUAAUUAUUUAGUUGUGAAAGGCAACUUUAGUUGUUUUGUUAAUGCACAUAACAAUAGAUUUCCAGUAUUUAAACACCUAGAACGCUAUUGUUGCCGAAUGUUUGUAAAUUGAUCUCAACAAGCAAAGCUUAACCUGAUGAGACUAUUUCCGACUGUACACAAUUUGUCCAACGUCCAAAUCUUAAUGAUAACGUAGUUUUUUUUUAUUACCAAAGAUUGUAAGUAUAUGUGUUAAUAGAUCUGGAAAUUCAUUUUUUUUACGGAACCGGAUUUUUUAUGAAUCUUUUCUGGAAAGUGUAGGCACAUUUUUUGAACUGAGGGCAUUUGGAUGAUUCUAUUUAACAAUAACCGUUUAGUUUAACCCGAUCUUAUUGAAAGUGAUUCACUCUGGCACCUCGCCUGUCACUUUCUUACAGAAACUCAUGUUUCUGUCAAGUAUAGAAAAAUACAGAACACUCAAAAUAGUAACUCACUAGCGCAAACUGCUUCUCAUACAGAUUUCUCAAAGCAGUUGUAAUGUAAAAUAAGCUCUUUUCUACUCCACACCAAAAAAUGCGAAGUAGCUGUAAAUUUGGUUACAAGGGUCCUGGGUUCGAAUCCCAGGUACGACAAGGCUGGUUGUGAUUGUAUUAGUAGGUUGAGUAGGGAGAGUAGAUGGUUGUGUUAGCUAACUCUUUUCUCACCAUAAAAAUCAAAUAAAUUCGAAAACUGCUUGAGAUUGCCAAAUUUUGUUUACGCUAGUGAUGAAUUGCCCCAGUGACUUUCUCAUAAAAUUUGAGUCCUGAGGAAGAUGGUCAGUAUUUUAUUUUGGAACACUGAAUGAAGAUGAAAAAUACACCUAAUUAAUGUCAUGUCACUUACCGCACGCUUUCCGGAAAAUGUUUGUAGAAAUCCAGAUUGGUUCCUUUUGCUUAUCAAAUUUGAAAUAAUGAACUGUUAUAGAUUAUAAGUAGGUACUCAUUUUGAUCAUGAACAAUUUUAUCGGACACGGUAGGCCUAAACGUAGAAUUCGCUGUGAACUGAAAAUUGCACAUUAUCUCGUGAAUGGUGUAUACAUCGAAAACUUCGUCUUACCAUACGG